AUGCAAAUUCAUGGUUUAUUACUUUUGACUCUGAUAUAUUCUUUGUCAAAAAUCGAAGCUGGCUCUCAAUUUAGAUCAUGUUCAUAUUCUCCCGAUUUUUACAAAGUGCUCGUUUCUUUUACCACCAGUAUUACUGAUAAGCAAAAAUUUUGUUGUACUGGUUCUCAAUGUGCUAAUUUGUCUCCCGAAUGUCCCUUAUGGGGAGGAAAUAUUCGAGGGCAAUGUGAAACGGUUGGUGAAUCUAAAUUUUGCGUUACUUCUCUUGUAAGUACAGCACAUCAUCCAGGGGAAUUAUGCGGAGGAAUUGUGAACGAUGUUGUCUCUACCAAUGCUACUGUCCCAGCAGCGAAGCGGUCGGAAGUAUAUUUUAGUUGGUUAUGUUGUGAUGACAACUCUUGUACGGAACCGACAAAUGUCACAGUAGAUGCUACGUCUCAUGCUGCUAAAACUAAUUGUGAUAAUGGUCAAUAUAGCAUGAUGUGUUUUUUAGAUAAUGGGAGUUGGAGUUGUACUGGAAGUAAAACCCCUGAUAUCAAUGAUAUUACUGAACCGAUCGGAAAUUGCGCAAUAUCUGUAGUUUUACCUGGCAUGUGA